AUGCUUUCUUUCCGUAGAUCACUCAUCAAUCCCAAGCCUCGAAAGCUAAUAGCUCCACUAUCCAUCCUCUGUCGAGGCAAACCCAUCGCCCGCGAAGAGCUCUUCACCUACACCAAUGGGCAUUUCCUCAUCGACGAAGAAACCCAGGUCCGUCGACGAUACCUGAAAUUCAACAUAGACGCUCUCUGCGAUAUUGCUGCUCCUGCCGGUGGAAACCGUUCUCCGAUAAGAACCAUUGAAAAAUUCGAGGGAGGGUUCAGCAAAGCCCUUCUGCUGACGAAGGAGAAUGGCGAUGAGGUUAUUGCGAAGAUGCCUUAUCGGAUUUCUGGACCAGCCGCCCUGACUACCGCCUCUGAGGUCGCCGUUGUGCAGUAUGUUCAGACCCCAUCGGAGCCGAGUAAAUCAUCAUGGAGAAGGCGGCCGGGGUGCCCGCUGUAUGAACGAUGGGAGGGGAUGGCGGAGCUCGCGAGGCUGGGGCUGACCAGGAAUCUGACGAAGCCUGAGGCGCAACUGUCCGCCAUUGCAUUUCCUGCGUACGGGGGGCUCUAUCGGAGGGUUGAUGCGGCCCGGAUACAACCAGCCACGGCGUGUGUGGACGUAGACUCUUCUGAGCAGUAUUGCGUCGGGCCCUCGUGCGAUCCUUCGUGGUAUGUGGCAGCCACAGAUUCAGCUGCCCCCGGGUCUGGAAGCGUUAGCCAUGGACCUUGGCGGACACUGUCAGACCCGGGAACAUCUAUCGCAGAGCGCGAGGGAUUGCGGAUCACGCACCGAACCUCACCCCCCCGACUGCCAUUCCAUCAAGGCAGCAUUCAAGACCAGACCCAGCUCUUAGAAGCUGCAACGAGUGUAUUUCAGCUGAUAGACUUGCGCCCAUUGAUCGGGCAAUCUGCCCAGCCCACCCUCUGGCACACCGACCUCCACAUGGGCAACAUCUUCGUCGCUCCCGACGAGAACUCGCGAAUCGUCUCCCUGAUCGACUUCCAGUCCUUGUCCUGCCACCCUCUAUUCCUCCAAGCCCGGUGGCCGAUCUUCCUAAAACCACCAAUAAACUACCGCAAGGGGUUAAUCGACCCCAAACUCCCGGAUGGAUUCACCGACCUCGACGAAGAAAGCCAAGCGGUGGCGUUGCAGGAGUUCGAACAGGCCAAGCUUGCCAAAGCAUACGAGGUCGCAAACUUCCUCGAUGACCGCGUCGCGUACGACGCGAUGAUGAACGUCCCCCGCAUCUUUCGGGAACUGUUCGUCCGGUGUGGAGAAGUCUCGGAGGUGGGGAUCGUGCCGCUGCGCGAGUGUCUGAUUGAGAUUUGGCGGAAUUGGUCGGCGCUAGGCUUCCAGGGCAAUUGCCCGUACUCGUUCAGCGAUGAAGAGGUCCGUCGACACGAACGUCAGUUUGCGGAGUAUCAGGGGUGGAAUGAGGUCCGGCAGCUCGCGUUGGAGUGUCUGGACACCGAUGCGGACGGGUGGAUCGCGCCGCAGCUGGAUGUCGCGGAGAAGCGGAGGCAGAAUCGGGAGCUGCUUGCGAUGUGGAUUGAGCGGGCAGCCGGGGAAAGAUCCUCGGAGGAGGCGAGAGCCAUGUGGCCGUUUCGGGACUCGUGA